CCAUCACAGAUUCCCGAAGGUUGUUUACCUGGUCUGAGUUCAAGGUCGAAUCGACGGACGCCAUCAUGUCCUUGGUCGCUGACCUUUGACCUCUCAAACGGGGAGUUGAAGCUUGCUGGUAGCAGAAAAAUAGGUAAAAAGAUCAAGUGUCGCAGAUGAAAAUGUGGAGUUUUCGUCUUGCCGUACUUCUUAUCUGGACUUGCAGCCGGACUGUAGAGGGUGACGUUUCCGGUUUAGAAGGGACUAAACCGUGUGGUGACUUCCCUUGGGACACCAGUGACGUCACAGUACAGUGUGACUACGAUUGGUGGAGCGGACAGGAGCUGUUCGGGAAGUGCAGUGUCUUCUGCAAUAGGGAUGCCGAGUGGUUGGUUGGACCCCCUUAUGCUGUGUAUACUCUUGCCAGCGAUGGCGGCUACUACUGCAAUAAAGACAACAGGACAUGGCUGGGGACAGAACCAGUUUGUCUGGGUCAAUACGACAACGCUACCAUGGUAACGGACGAGACCAACAGGAUCCGGCUGGUGGGGGGAGAGUUUUACGGCUGUGUGGAGAUGUAUGAUAACGUGACGAACCAGUGGGGGCCUUUACGGGGAUGGAAUCUAUGGGGGGACCACCAACACGAGGAGAGGAUGGCUUGGGCAGACGUUGCAUGUAGAAGUUUGGGAUUUCCUUCCGUACUUGCUACCCAUGCCUACACUUUAACCGACGGCACCGUUAAACAUCAGAUAUCUGUAACUUCCUUGUCAUACCUACAUUGGCGACCAUCUUACUCCUCUGGACUGCCCAAGUUCAUCAUGAAAGAGCGCCUCCCUGACCCUGAAAAGGCGAGUUUGUAUGAUGCCAUAGACCGUGUAGAGAGGGGAUCGUGCAAGACUUGGGACUAUAGGUGUCGCCGGGAGUUCAACACCAUGUGUCUGGCGUGUGCAGGACAAGGGAAACAUAAUGAGUUCCCAGGUAUUAACGCCCAAGUGACCUGCACAUCUGAGUCCAUUUUGGUCAGUUUUCCCCGCCCGGUGGAUAACUCCAUUCAGAGGGCAAACGUCCAUCUAGCCGCGCCACCUUGCAGUGCUGGUGAGAACUCCACCCAUAUCUACAUCCAGGCCUCUCUUACAGGCUGUGGAACCAACAGACAGGACACAGAAGACGACAUUAUCUACAGUAACACCGUGACUAUCAACGUCAACGCUUCCAGUGCCAUCAUCACUCGUUACAACGUCAUCGAGAUCAGCGUAGAGUGUCGUCUGCCGCGACGUAGCACCGUGGCCGUCAACUUUGACCCCACGAACUUGGCUGUGUAUCGGUCGCACAUCGUUGGCAGGGGUGAAUUCACCAUCUCCAUGGAGCUGUACCUCAACAGCAGUUUUCAGUCACCGGUCUCGGAAUAUCCACUGUCUGUGGAUUUGGGACAGAUGCUGUACGUGCAGGUGCAAGUGACGUCAGACGACAAGAAUCUGCAGGUGUUUGUGGACGCCUGCAUGGCCACGCCCACUCAUGACCCAGAGAACGUGCUGUACCAUCUUAUCAGGGACGGCUGUGAACGAGACUCUACCGUGGCUCGCUAUUGGUCACCGUCAACAAUGCAGGAACGGUUCGGUUUCCAGGCCUUCGCUUUUACCAGCGGUGCACGAAAGGUGUACCUCCACUGUGACGUCCUGUUGUGUAACGCCACGGACCCGAGCUCCCGGUGCGCUCAGGGCUGUCAGGCGGGCGGGAGGUCCGUGAGGGAGGCCGAGGGUGACACCGAUGCCUACCUGCUGAUCCAGGGUCCCAUCGUGCUGAACGAUGAUCGAACGGUUCGUGACGACGGAUCAUCUAGUCACGGCGAAAGCAUGGUGCCCGCCUUCAUAGGAGCAUGCGCAGUAAUCAUCGCCUUGUUGAUCGGCGUGUAGAGCCCGUGGCAUGCUGGGAAGACAACAAGAAGGGCAGAGAUGGCAAGAGAGAGAAUGAGUGAAACCGCUUGCAAUGUCAUUUUUCUAGCUCUCUUUGCAGUUUGUUAGUUAUUUAUAUAUAGUAGGAUCGUAUUUUCCUUAGCUUUGUGGAAGCUUCAGUUAAAACUAAUAUGAUGAUGCCUUGUCUUAUUUUGAUGUUAUGCAUAUAUAUGCUUUUUCAGAACUGAAAAAAAGUGUGUUUCUACCAUGCCCGAAACGAACUUGUUACUGGCGACUAGUGUCUUGAUUAUGCAUCUAUACGUUGCCACUAGAGCGUCAAAUAUUAUUGUGUAAGUUAGUAAUUGCAAUUGAUUGAAUUAAAUGAUUUUUAGGAGGGAACAUUUUGUAUUUGUUCACCGAUGGUACAUGGUGUUACAGUAAUAGAUAAAACAAAGCAUGCAAAUAAAACGUGGUAUAUCGUUAA